GAUGAGUAUUGGAUGAGUAUUGGUUGACCUUUUUACACUCUCGCGCCACAGCUGCGCGACCCCGCCCGUCUGCCGUCCCACCAAUCAGCGCAGUGCCGUGCUCGCGCUCCGAAUAUUUUCGCGCGCGAGAGGUCGCGAGCUCGCUGAGGGCGCUGAGGAGGCAGGACGCCAACGUUCAAUAAAACCCAUUCAGUUAUAUUAAUAGAUUGUUGGUUGGUGAUUAAUUGACUGAUAAAUUGAUAAGCAUGGAAUUCGUUUUAGACCACGAAGAGGAAGUUACAACAGACCCGGAGACCGAAGAAGUAGAUGAAAAGUUUUAUAUGAAUAGGCUGUUGAUGUUGGAUACUGCAGGAAUACUGUCUACAUCCGGCCAUCAUUCUCCUCCUCUGUUAUCUUCUCACUGCGAAAUUUCGCCAGAGAUUGGACUUUUGGUCCACAAAGGAGUCAGAAUACCUGCUAGCAGCAGUCAGAUUAGUGCCAGCCCAUGCUCAUUAGGUCAGAGCAACACUGUUUGCAAGGAGGAUGAUGGGCCAGCAAAAAUAAAUCAGACAAAAGUGGGUCCGGUGACUCUGGAAACAUCUUCAAAAUCCAGAAGAAUCCAUACAAACAACAAACAACCUCAUCCCAACCCUACAACCUUAGUUGAACAUCCCGAACAUCCCGAACAUGGCACGUCACAGUGUGUCUGCAGUAAACAGAGCACUGUAGGCAGUCAGAGAAGUUUAAUAAAGUGCAAUGGCAGUCUUUCUAAAAGCAGGUCACAGGAGCCGGGGUGCAGAGAUUUAUCUUCUGAAAGAGUGGAGACUGUAAACAGUGCUGUGGUAUCUCAUAUGUCCACGAGAGGUCAGCAGACACCAGGAACAGGCUCUUGUGGUAGCACAGUUAAAAAACCAACAAGUGACAAACGAAAAGUCUCAAAAUUACGGAGCAUCCAUAAACGAAACAAAUUUGGAGAGACUCCCCUCCAUCUUGCUGUGAUGAAAGGAGAUCUUCAAUCUGUAAAAGACAUAAUUGAAGUUGGUGCCCGCGUCAACUUGGCGGAUAAUGCAGGCUGGACCCCACUUCAUGAGGCAGCAUUGGGACAUAAUUGCGCCAUUGCAGAAACUCUGCUUAAAGCUGGAGCCAAAGUGAAUUCUGUAGGAUAUGAAGGGAUUAUGCCUUUACACGAUGCAGUACUACUUGGGAACUUUAAGCUUGUUCAGUUGCUGUUAAAGUGGGGUGCUAAUCCAUUAUUGAAGAAUCAGAAGGGAGACAAUGCCAUAGACCUCUGUCAAGACAUGAGUAUGGAGAAACUACUGAGACAAUAUGCAUCUAAGCACUGUAGAAGGACAAGACAGUCUCCUGCAGUAGAUGCAGCUGAACUUUGUCAAACUGUUUGUCCAGACUCAGAGGAUUCAGCAAAAGUACAAGACAGUUCCUCUGCACAUUCUGAAGAAAGACAAUCGGGUCAAACUUUGCCCCAACUAAGAGACCAGACAAAAGAUUCAGAUAUUGAUGCCUCCUUAGCUGUUCAAGAGCGAGAGUCUAUGGGCUGUGACACCAUGUCUUGUCCAGACAGUGAUCAUGAUAGCGAUAUCACUGUGGAUUACACAGAGACUCGGUCAUCAUCACCUGAACACUGGGCUUUAAGUGCUACUCAGGAUUUCUUGGGAGCUAUAAACCGUUAGUAUGAUAAGAACUGCCUCUGUCAUCUGUAACCAAUGUCUACAUUUGUAGAAAUAACAUAUUGCAGUGGGUUGUUUAUGUGAAUGUGCAAUUGUUCGUUUUCAGGGUUGUUGUUGAAAUGUUUUCAAUGAUUUAAAUAAGAUAGCAAAACAGCAUAGGAUACGAUUAUGCAUUUGUGUUAGCUUUAUCAUUUGCUAGGGUCAGAUUUAGCUGCCAUUUCACAUGAUGCAUGCUGUCAUUUCUGUAAAUACAAGUUGCAAAAUAUAUGUUCAGUGUUCAGAAAAA